AUGUCAUUAGCUAAAGCAGCAUCAGGUAAAUUAGACUGGGCCAAAGUUAUUUCUAGUUUGAAAUUGACUGGUAAGACCGCAACUCAAUUAUCUUCAUUUAAGAAGAGAAAUGAUGAAGCUAGAAGAAAGUUAUUUGAAUUAGAAUCCCAAUCCACAGUUGUUGAUUUCGAACAUUACCGUGGUACUUUGAAGAACACAGCUAUAGUGGAUAAGAUUGAGACAUUUUACAAGUCUUACAAGCCAGUUACCAUCGAUGCUUCCAAGCAAUUAUCAACAAUUCAAGCUUUUGAAACUGAAGCUAUUGCUAACGCUAAGGAGACUGAGCAAUUAGUUGCUAGAGAGUUGGCUGAUUUGCAAGCUACUUUGAAGAACAUUGAGUCAGCUAGACCAUUCGAUGAAUUGACCGUCGAUGAGGUUGCUGCCUCAAGACCAGACAUUGAUGCUAAGGUCAAUGAAAUGGUUAAGAAGGGUAAAUGGGAAGUUCCUGGUUACAAAGAAAAGUUUGGCGAUUUGAACGUUAUGUAA